AUGCUUAAAGACAUAGUCGAACGACCCUCUGAACCACCUUCUGCCCCAUCUGCACCGACGCCCGGAGGAGCUGGGUUUCCCGUCGCCGUCCAUAGAUCUCAACGCCCUUCGGCUUUCGCAAAAGCAAGACAACAACAGGCGGUUCGACAAUCUGGCCAAACCUCCAAGGUCGUAGGAGAAGGCAAAGCAGUGGAUGUAGUGCCCUCGAUUGGUGUCUCGACCACUCCUCACAAUGAGGGUGUUUCAUCCCAGGGGAACUUGUCAGAGAUGGAACAAGUGAGACGGAGUGUUGAAGUCGAGAAUACCCGAAGAGUCGAGGGGAUGUCAUCUGCAGAAAGGGAGGAGGAGGUCGAAGAGCUCAAGGAGAGAUUCGGUCGUGGGAUUGUAGAUCUCAUGAGAAAGAGGAAAGAGGCUAGGGAGGGCAAACUUCCGGGAAUUGGUAUUGAAAAUAUAACCACAUCGAACGAAAGUGGACCGUCGUCAAGACCUUUCGAUUUGACGGACGCUCAUAAGAUACUGGACGAAGUGUCAGAGGAGAACAAGAGGAAAGUAGAGAGUAUGGACGAUCUAGAACGAGACCAGGAAGUAGAAGAAUCACAAGAGAGAUUUGGAGGGAAGUUGAUGGAUGCAUUUAGGAAGAGGGCAGAAGCGAGGAUAGCGUCAAGAAAGGGCAAGGAGAGAGAGGGGGAUGGACGACCUGCAGCUACUGCACCGACCACUAGGUCCAGUGAUCGUACUACUACAUCGUCUACCACAGCCCCUUCCGUACCCGCCAAACCCAGAUCACAACCUCGCACCCACCCCGACGACCCUUCCCUAUCAGGACUUAAAGCAUAUUUCCCCUCCGUCCCCUCUGAAUCAUCCAAACUCGCUUGGCUCCAACCUCUUCCCCCUUCCACCAGCUCCUCAGCGAAUUCACCGCGAUUCGACCUAUCUGGAAGAAUUCUCUCAGCAGCUGAACAAAGUGAACUUCCCUCUCAUCUCGGACUGCAUCAUCAUGGCUCGUCACCUGAUUUAGCAGGAUAUACCAUCCAUGAAAUCCUAUAUCUAUGUAGAUCAACUGUGCCGAGUCAGAAAAUCACUAUGAUGGUUCUGCUGACCAAGGUAUUACGAAAGUGCAAAGAGGGAAAAUACGAUGAUGGAGUUAUGAAAGAGAUUGAGGAGAAUGAAAGUAUGAAGAAAGCUAUUGACCUUGGGGUGGAAAUACUUGCCGGAUUAUCUAGAGGUAUAGGUGUCAUUGAAUCUGGAGUGGAACUGCUCUACGAAGCGGUAAAGGGAUCAAGUUGGACUUGUUUAGAUGACAACCAAGAUCUAGAUGGACCUACACGCUUUAAACCAGAUGAUCAUGUCCUGUCGAUACCUUUCGAAGAUGUUUUACCUAGAUUGAAAGAGUUAUUAUCGAUCGAAGAUGGUUUAUCGACAAUGACGAUCUGGCAACUUCUUCGAAUACUCAGGAGAACCACUUACAUCUCAAAGGACCUGUGCGAGGUCAUUUGUCCGAUCAUAUCGUCGAUUAUCAAAGUACAGGUGGUAGCUAAACCUUGGCCACCUACGACCACCACCACUUCUUCUCUCAAUCGAUCAUACCCUUCCAUCGAAGCCCUCAGGUUGUUGAGAGACAUGAUCGUAUCUUCAAGAGAAUGUGCAGAGGAUCUAGUGAACCAAGGGACACUUGAGGGAAUCUUGAAAUUCGUAGUAACCGCUACGUGGGAAGAUGAACAGUCAAAUUCGGAAUAUACCUCGUAUUCACUUCAACUAGCUUUAGAGGUAUUGAAAAUCUUCACUUCUCUUGGGAAAUAUGGAUUAGCCUCUAAUACCUUGACGUCUUCGUCGGAACUAUGGUAUCUUCUAGGUAAAUGGGUUCACAAUUCUGCCAAUAAACAACAAUUGGCAGAGGAAGAGACAAAAUUGUCAGAGGGGUAUUUCAAAUUAUUGGAAAUUUGGAUAAUAUGUGCUAUCGAUCCUCAUCGAACUACACCGGAACAUGAUCUCACUUGGGCACAGGUAUCUGCUAUGAAUUAUCAGGAUGAAGCGUUAUCGAUUUUGCAGUCUCCGAAAGACUACGAUAUACUUGCGUCUAGCUUGGAAAUGCUCGGCGCGUGGAUCAAGGGAGUCAAGAUCAAUGGUGUGAGAGGCGGAGAAGAGGAGAAGGGAUCUUUGUUGGAAGCUCUCAAGGAGACACUGCUUGAGAGUCUUGUCUUGGAGAUAACGCAAAAGGAUGACUGCGGAAGAUCGGAUGAAAGAUUACUUGCAGCUGCUGUGCAAGUCCAUCGACUACUCUCGUCAUCUCGAGGACUGUUGUUCUCAAUCGGGACCAUCGACGGACUGCGAGCGAAGAUGCCUACGUCGUCCCGUCAUUCAUCCAGAUAUCUCACUUACCUCCAAUAUGAACUUCUCUCACACACCGUCCCCACACUCAUCACAUCCGAAUGGCUAUCCCAAGCAUUCAACUUAUUCCGUCAAUUCCAAAUAGGUGAUGAACCAUUGGCUUUAGAUUUGCUCGACAUAUUUCUUAAAUCGGAUUUAUCCAGUCUUCUUCCACAGAUCAAAGAGAUAGGUCAUCCGGAUGGCGUACAAAUUCUUCGACCUUUACUUCAAUAUUCGAUCUUACCCUCCUCUGAAUAUGUAGUUGGGCCCCAUCAGCCUACCCAUCUAUACCUCAAGGCUACUACUACUCUCAGACCACCGGCCUUGGUGGAGAGUAAAGAGAAACCUGCUUUACCCGGUUUACCAUUAAGGGGAGAUUACUUCUUCUCCCCUCUUGAUGAAUUGCUCAGAUCCGGUACAAGCGAGGCCUUACAGCAGAUCCCACCUGAUUGGAAUGCCACGGAAGUUCAAAUCACCCGAGCGACUUUGGUAUUGGCGAAAUUGUUCUACGUCAAUACUAAUGGAGCGAAAGGUUUAGGAUCGAAGGAUAGAGCAAGAUUGAUAUUGGGUUUAAUGAAAGUCCAUAUGCUGGAACAUGGACAGACUUCCUCGAAUGUCGUUGAUGAAGUGGAAGUUUUCAGAGAUAAUGUCGUGUCGUGUUUGAUGAGGGAUUUAAUCGGUUUGCUGAUAAAUACCACCAUGACUAAGAAUAGAGAAGAAGAUCAAGAGAAAGAUGGACAAGGGCGAGGACAAGGUGAAUUGGAAAUCAUUUCAAUACCAUUCUUGGGAACAGGUGUACCAUUCUAUCAAUUUUAUCAAGAUUUCCUACAACUCUACGAAUCAAUAUCAUUCUCCGAUCCAUUAUUUACUCAAUUAUUACUUCCUGUGUUAUCGAUGGAUUAUUCGAGGGAUUAUAGGAAAUUGAUCUGGGUGGAUCAUCAUUCCUUACUCAAGAAUAUCCGCACAAAUCUCAAUCAAGUACCGGUUAUUGGUAGGAUGAAGAAUUAUUAUGAACCUCAAGAAACAGAUCAAGAGAUAUUAACUUCCUACGCUAGAGCGGUCGUUUCGGGUAUGAUCAACAGGGAGAAGAAUGAGUUUAUAUGGAGUAUAGCGAUAAAUCAAUUUUCGGGGUUGUUCUGGUUGACGAAUAAUGACGGAGAUGGUGAAGGGAUGAAAGAGAUGAGAGUAGGGUUGAUGGUGAUGAUUUUAAGUAAAGGGUCAGAUGAUCUGGUUAGAAGUGUGUUAACAUGGGAUUCUGAUCAAAGGAAAAUAAAUAAUAGUUCAGAUGGAAAAGAGGAAGAGAAGAGGAAGGAGAUAAUUGGGAAGUUGAUUGGUGAGAGGGGAUUAAAGAGGAUUGAAGGAAUGAUAUAA